UCACGCUUUACAACAGACAGCAGGAAUUCAAGAGGAAGUCAAUCCUCUGGAAAAUCAGCGCUACUCACUCACAAACGUGAUCAAAACGCCCCCGGAAAGGAAGCAGAAAGUUCACCGCCACGUGUUGGGAUUAGCUAUAACUUCUUAUUUUGGAGAAUGGAUUAAACAGGCCAAGUUCCCGCAGAUGGACGCGGUGAGAAGUUUGGCGUUUGUCGGGGCCGUGCUCCUCGGAGUGACGGGCACGUUGGGCAGAGAAGUGUGUCUCGGCACGGACAUGAAGUUGGCCCUGCCCUCCAGUCUGGAGAAUCACUACGAGACCCUGAGGCUUCUGUACACUGGGUGCAAGGUCGUCCAUGGCAACCUGGAGAUCACGCACCUCCAUGGCAACCCAGACCUCUCCUUUCUACAGGGUAUAGUGGAGGUGCAAGGGUAUGUCCUCGUAGCUCAUGUAUCUGUAGAUCUGGUGCCACUGGAUAACCUUCGUAUCAUUCGGGGGUCCCAGCUGUACAACGGCAGCUUUGCCUUGGCUGCACUUGAAAACAUGCAGGCAGGGCGGGGGCUCAGGACACUUAGGCUCCGUAGUCUCACAGAGAUUCUGGUGGGUGCAGUCUAUAUUUGGAACAACCCUCAGCUGUGUUUCCCAGACCCCCAUAGCAUCGUGUGGCGGGACACUUUAGACGAACAAAACAUUCACGCCAACAAACACAAACUGCAGAAGCGGGCUGCUAACUGUCCAAGUUGUGCAUCUUCUUGUAAUAAAUCCUGCUGGGGGGAGACUGCACAGGACUGCCAAACAUUGACCCGCAUUAGUUGUGCCUCUGGCUGUCAACGCUGUAAAGGUCCUUUCCCCAGCGACUGCUGUCAUUUGCAGUGUGCUGCUGGGUGCACUGGGCCCAAAGACUCAGACUGCCUGGCAUGUCGUCACUUCAAUGACAGUGGAGUUUGUAAAGAGAACUGUCCUCCUCCCACCAUCUACGACCCUGCGAUCUUUCAGACCAAACCCAACCCAGACAAGAAAUUCAGCUUUGGGGCCACCUGCGUGAAGACCUGUCCAUAUAACUACCUGUCUAUGGUUGUUGCAUGUACUUUGGUUUGUCCUAAAUCAAACCAGGAGGUAAUCCUCACAAACCCAGAUGGAAGUGAGACCCAGAAGUGUGAAAAAUGUGAAGGCGACUGUCCAAAAGUGUGCUAUGGUUUGGGCAUGGAGCACCUUGGCAUUGUCACUAUGGUUACUGCUGCCAAUGUGGAACAGUUCAGCUCCUGCAAGAAGAUUUUUGGCAGCCUGGCCUUCCUCCCCCAGAGCUUCGCAAGUGACCCUGUGACCAAUACAUCAGGCCUCACUCUAGAGCAGCUCAGGGCUUUCAGGAGUGUGGAGGAAAUAACAGGAUAUCUUUAUAUUGAUGCCUGGCCUGAAAACAUGACAGAUCUGAGCGUUUUUGAAAACCUGAAGGUGAUUCGUGGAAGGAUGCUUUACAAGGGUGUCUUUUCACUGGCGGUCCAGAAUCUCCACAUUGAGUCUUUAGGGCUGCGUUCACUGCACAGUGUCAGUGGAGGCCUGGUUAUGUUGCACAAUAACCCUCAGCUCUGCUACACCAGCUCAUUGCCCUGGGACACCCUUCUCCAUCCCACUCAGGGCCCACAUUGCAUCAUCAGCCAAAACCAAGACCCCCAAACCUGUAAGGCCCAAGGGCAUGUGUGCCACCCAUUGUGUAAAGGGGGAUGCUGGGGUCCCGGGCCAAGCCAGUGUGUGUCCUGUAAAUAUUUCCAACGUGGGACAGAGUGCAUCGAGCAGUGCAAUGUCGACCAAGGCCUUGUGCGUGAAUAUGUUGACGGAUCUUUGUGUGUGGCUUGUCACGCAGAGUGUGAGCCUCUUAAUAACACUGCCGCCUGCCAUGGACCGGGAGCAGACAUGUGCACAGAGUGUCGAAACUUCAAAGAUGGAGACUUUUGUGUAGAUCACUGUCCUAGCGGAGUCAAAGUGGACCAGAUUUAUAUUUGGAAAUACAGUGACGCUGAUAGGAACUGCCAGCCCUGCAACACCAACUGCACCCUAUCGUGCACUCUGAUGGAUGAAAGAGGAUGUCCCAUUCACACUGGACCAGGGACAACCAUUGCAGCUGCCGUUGGUGGUGUGGUGCUGUUCUGUAUCCUCUUGGCUCUGCUAAUUUUUUACCUGAAGAGACAGAAGAAACUGAAGAAGAAGGAAACUCUGAGGAGAAUCCUGCAGGAGCAUGAGUUGGUGGAACCUUUGACUCCCAGUGGCGCAUCACCAAACCAGGCUCAGAUGAGGAUCCUGAAGGAAACUGAGCUGAAGAAACUGCGAGUGCUCGGAGCUGGGGCUUUUGGUACUGUCUACAAGGGUGUGUGGACCCCUGAUGGAGAAAAUGUAAAAAUUCCAGUGGCCAUUAAAGUUUUACGAGAGAACACUUCACCAAAGGCGAACAAAGAGAUUUUGGAUGAGGCAUAUGUGAUGGCUGGAGUGGCCAGUCCUUAUGUGUGUCGUCUCUUGGGGAUCUGUCUGACCUCCACAGUUCAGUUGGUCACUCAGCUCAUGCCCUAUGGCUGCCUGCUUGACUAUGUCCGAGAAAACAAAGACCGGAUUGGCUCUCAAUUUCUACUCAACUGGUGUGUCCAGAUUGCCAAGGGAAUGAGUUACCUGGAAGAGGUGCGUCUGGUUCACAGAGAUCUGGCUGCCCGAAAUGUUCUGGUCAAAAACCCAAACCAUGUGAAGAUCACAGACUUCGGCUUAGCUCGACUCCUCGAUAUAGAUGAGACUGAGUAUCACGCUGAUGGGGGGAAGGUCCCAAUUAAAUGGAUGGCCUUGGAAUCUAUUCUACACAGAAAGUUUACUCAUCAGAGUGAUGUUUGGAGCUAUGGGGUGACAGUGUGGGAACUGAUGACAUUUGGUGCUAAGCCUUAUGACAUGAUCCCAGCAAGGGAAAUCCCAGAAGUCCUGGAGGGAGGAGAGAGACUGCCCCAACCCCCCAUCUGCACCAUUGAUGUUUACAUGAUCAUGGUUAAAUGUUGGAUGAUUGAUCCUGAGAGCAGACCACGCUUCAAAGACCUUGUGAACGACUUUAGUGCCAUGGCCAGAGAUCCACCUCGAUAUGUUGUCAUACAGAAUGAUGAGCAGAUGAGCACGUCCAGCCCGGUGGACAGUCAGUUCUUCCGAAUGUUGAUGGAGGAGGAGGGCACAAACAUGAGUGAGCUCUUGGAUCCCGAUGAGUACCUGGUCCCACAGCCAAAUAUGUUCCAGAGGAGUCAGACAGACGGGGUCCAGUCCAACGGGCCGUCCCGACAUCAGUCAUACAGGAGCCGAGACCAGGGUUUGGAUUUGGACUCUUCUCUCACUAAUGGCCCCCGGAGUAUGACCUCUUCCAUGAACACUCUGAGCAGGGCACAGUACCCCACCCUGCCCCUAGGAGCCAGUACUUCAAACGGACCGUGGUCGCAGUAUCCGACCCUGGCCCGCAGCCCCUCAGCAGGAGGCCAAUCAGACUCUGUGUUUCUGGAUGGGUCACCGGACAACCCAUCACUGCCCCCUGCUAGCCCAGGUCGGUACAGUAAGGACCCCACCUAUCCCAAUGGCAGCCUGGGAGAUUUGGAGACAGAUGGUCCUGUCACGUUCCCAACCCCCCAUUAUCUCCAUCACUCCCUUCCCAGACCUCAUCGGUAUCAUGUCAACCACGCCCUACCAGAAUAUGUCAAUCAGGAUAUUCACAAUCUUCGGUUAAUGAUGCCAGAGCGUCCCACCACACUUCCUCGGAAAGGCUCCAAAAUCGACCGCCGACUCCCCAACGGCCUCAGCUCGGGACAUAGUGUGGAAAACCCUGGAUAUUUGGUCCCGAAUGCCUCAGGGACAUCUACCUCUCCUGCCUUUGAUAACCCCUAUUAUUUGGACCUUGUGGCAAAGCCCAAAGCCAUUGCAUCUCCACCGCUGGAGGCCAAUGGGGACCUUGAAACAGACAGAGACGCAGUUUCUCGGCAGCUCAAUGGUUUUGUAACGCCCACAGCAGAAAACCCGGAAUAUCUUGGCCUAGCGGAUACAUGGAGUGGUUAUACUUGAGGAAUUAACCUAGAUGGACAUCCCGGACUGAACACAGGGAUAUUGAAGAAGUGAAUGUUAUGUAGACAAAUACAUAAAAUACAUUUACCAGUAUACUCAAGGGUCUGAAGUUAACAGUUAAAUCUCAGUUAUUGUAGCAUUCAUUUUUUACAUCAACGUCAUCACCCUCUUUUUCAAUAGUAGUCUCUCUUAUGAGUUCCAUAAAAAUUCACGGCACCUCUUCGUGACAAUACAGACUUCACAAGUUUAUGAAUAAAUAUGAAUGAAAUGACUAGAAUGCACUACGGAGAGUAUUACACUUCUGUAAUGGACAAUCUUCAUCCUCAGACUGCAAUACGGAUGUUCACAUUUUUGUACGUUUUAUGUUUACUGUCUGUGACGUUUUUAUACCUGAUGUAAUGGUACUUCAUCUGACAAAAGAAAACAUCUAUCCAAAAUACAUCGACAAAGCAGGCUGGGAUAUGCAUUGAGUCCAGUGCUUAGUAUGCAUGUCACUGUGCCCAGGACUUGAUAGUGUUCACUCAAAGCCGUUUUGUUUGGGACGGAGAAGUGCCUGCAGCCCAUCUGGCCAGUAGACAUGCUCCGAGGAAGAAAGCACUCAGUGUAUCCAAGACAGAGUCUUUGUACCACUCUGAUGUAUGUGGGAGGCUAUGACUAUUUUCUCUCAAUGCAAAAAAUGUAUGGUACUUAAUCAAACUGCAGAACAUUUUAAUACAUUUGUUCAGGGAGAUCCUUAAGAAUGCACUGUCAAAUACCCCCUACUACCUUAUAAUAUGGAGAAAUAUUAUAUUGGGGGAUUCAAGUAUAUGCAUUGAGUUAAUAUGCCUGAAAAAAUAUGUGACAGAAACUCUCUAUUCAAGAUAGGGGAAUGCUUUCCUUUUGGUUUUGGUUAUGGUUCAGAUUCCUUUCAGUGGACACACUGGCAUCCCAGUUAAUGAUCAACAGCAUUUUUAAAGACUUUUUAAGGCUGUUGAACUCUGGGGGAGGUCGGACAGUCAAUGCUCCCAUUGUGAGACCCCCAUCCUCGAUGCAACAACUCAACCAUUGAUAUUGCCACAACAAAGGUGUCUGGAAUAGAUGGUUUACUAAUGAUGACUAAUUUGGUAAUUGAUUCAUGCAACAGCUUUUGAGUCAGAAGGGAGUAAUUGAGUGUGAUUUCAGAUUUGAAAAUUUUAUUUAACAUGAUCCCCCACUACACACAAUUUUCCUGAAGGUAGGUUUUCAUUCAUGGUCUACUCUAUGCUAACACUGGAAUUUAGAUAUUAAUGAAAAGGGCAUGAAAAGUUAUGGCAAUGUGCAAUUUUCAAACCUAAAUUAUAAAGCCUUUCCUUAUUCUGAAACCAAAUUGCCACAAAAUGGUUUGCAUUACUAUUUCAAGUAAGCAAAAGAGCUAU